CAGAGUUCCACACUGUUGACUUACAGGUAGGGAUUUUCCCUAUGCAAUGUGGCCAUUGAUCGUUCCUCCUGUGUAUUUGCUGUGCCGCUGUCUACGUCUGUUUCCAAGAGCUCUCUCACUAUCUACAGUCCAAGUCAUGCCAAAAGGAAGGAAGAGAAAGGAGGCUCCUGCUGCUUUAGAAGGAGGCUCUGGCUCCACUAGUGAGGAGCCCCAGGCACCUCCUCCUGUGAAGAAAAUCAAGACGACAGAAGCUACUGAUGGAGGGGCUGUGAGCAAAGGGAAGGGCAAGGCUGAUGGGGGCAAGGCUGAUGGGGGCAAGGAAAACAAGACGAACUGGGAUGGUAUCAAGUGGAAUGAAUUAGGACAAACUAAAGACUGGAGACCAUGGACCAAGAAAUUUAGCUCGUGGAAUGUGAAUGGAAUCAGAGCGUGGAUAAAGAAUGGUGGUCUGGAGUACAUUGCAAGGGAAGACCCAGACAUAUUCUGUGUACAAGAAACCAAGUGUAUUGAGAAAGACCUUCCUAUGAACCAGCUCGGUAUUCCUGGCUACCACGUCUACUGGCACUCUGCUGAGAAGAAAGGCUACAGCGGUGUGGGGCUGUACUCCAAAGAGAAGCCAAUUUCAGUGACCAAUGGUUUGGGUAUUGAGAAGUUUGAUUGUGAGGGUAGGAUCAUCACUGCUGAAUAUGAACACUUCUACUUCCUUACAUCUUAUGUGCCUAAUGCUGGUGAUGGCCUCAAGAGGCUCUCAUACAAGCUAGACUGGGAUAGGGACCUCAGAGAGUACAUGAAGAAACUAGAUCUCAAGAAACCUGUCAUUCUCUCUGGGGACCUCAAUGUGGCCCAUAAAGAGAUAGAUUUAAAGAACCCCAAGACAAACACAAAGACAGCUGGUUUCACGCCCGAGGAGAGACAGGACUUCACAGAGCUACUGGAGGAGGGUUUCGUGGACACCUUCCGUCACCUGUAUCCCGACCUCACUGGAGCGUACACAUACUGGUCAUACAGGUUCAACGCCAGAGCCAAGAACACUGGCUGGAGACUGGAUUAUUUCGUGGUGUCUGAGAGGCUCCUCCCUCAUGUGACUGAUGUGGUGAUUCGUAAGGAGGUGUUUGGGAGCGAUCAUUGCCCAUUGGUGAUUGGACUGACUGACCACGCCCACUUACCACACCCACAAGAGAAUGACGAACCCUGAAUUGAUUGUAGCCAUUUAUACAACCCACUGUUUGCAUCAUCAAUAUAAUAAUGAAUGAAAAAUAAUU